GGAAGCCUGUGGGAGCCCGUGGCCUUUAAAGUACGGUUCAGCCCUUUCCUCCAGGAGGAGUUUGUAAACACGGCUGUGAGCGGGGCUCGCGGGUGGCAGAAAGGAUCAUGAACUAGUGACCUGGGAAGUAUCCUUGCCAUGAAAAGGAGGAUGUGAUAGGUUGUCCAACUUAUGAAAUUCAAGUUACAUGUGAAUUCUGCCAGGCAACAUAAGGACCUGUGGAAUAUGAGUGAUGACAAACCCUUUCUAUGCACUGCCCCUGGAUGUGGCCAGCGUUUUACCAACGAAGAUCAUUUGGCUGUCCAUAAACAUAAACAUGAGAUGACACUGAAAUUUGGUCCAGCACGUAAUGACAGUGUCAUUGUGGCUGAUCAGACCCCAACACCAACAAGAUUCUUGAAAAACUGUGAAGAAGUGGGUUUGUUUAAUGAGUUGGCAAGUCCGUUUGAGAAUGAAUUCAAGAAGGCUUCUGAAGAUGACAUUAAAAAAAUGCCUCUAGAUUUGUCCCCUCUUGCAACACCCAUCAUAAGAAGCAAAAUUGAGGAACCUUCUGUUGUAGAAACAACUCACCAGGAUAGUCCUUUACCUCACCCAGAGUCUACUACCAGUGACGAAAAGGAAGUACCAUUGGCACAAACUGCACAGCCCACAUCAGCUAUUGUUCGUCCAGCAUCAUUACAGGUUCCCAAUGUGCUGCUCACAAGUUCUGACUCAAGUGUAAUUAUUCAGCAGGCAGUACCUUCACCAACCUCAAGUACUGUAAUCACCCAGGCACCAUCCUCCAACAGGCCAAUCGUCCCUGUGCCAGGCCCAUUUCCCCUUCUGUUACAUCUUCCUAAUGGACAAACCAUGCCUGUUGCCAUCCCUGCAUCAAUUACAAGUUCUAAUGUGCAUGUUCCAUCUGCAGUCCCACUUGUUCGCCCAGUCACCAUGGUGCCUAGUGUUCCAGGAAUCCCAGGUCCUUCCUCUCCUCAACCAGUACAGUCUGAAGCAAAAAUGAGAUUAAAAGCUGCUUUGACCCAGCAACAUCCAGUUACCAAUGGUGACACUGUCAAAGGUCACGGUAGUGGAUUGGUUAGAACUCAAUCAGAAGAAUCUCGUCCACAAUCAUUACAACAGCCAGCCACAUCCACUACAGAAACUCCGGCUUCUCCAGCUCACACAACUCCACAGACUCAAAGUACGAGUGGUCGUCGAAGAAGAGCAGCUAAUGAAGAUCCUGAUGAAAAAAGAAGAAAGUUUCUAGAGCGAAAUAGAGCAGCAGCUUCAAGAUGCCGACAAAAAAGGAAAGUCUGGGUUCAGUCCUUAGAGAAGAAAGCAGAAGACUUGAGUUCUUUAAAUGGACAGCUUCAGAGCGAAGUCACCCUGCUGAGAAAUGAAGUGGCACAGCUGAAACAGCUUCUUCUGGCUCAUAAAGAUUGCCCUGUAACCGCCAUGCAGAAGAAAUCUGGCUAUCAUACUGCUGAUAAAGAUGACAGUUCAGAAGAUCUUUCAGUGCCAAGUAGUCCACAUGCAGAAGCUAUCCAGCACAGUUCUGUCAGCACAUCUAAUGGAGUCAGUUCUACGUCAAAGGCAGAAGCUGUGGCCACUUCAGUCCUCUCCCAGAUGGCGGACCAGAGUACAGAGCCUGCACUUUCACAGAUUGUCCUGGCUCCCUCCUCCCAGCGCAGCCCUCAGGAAGUUGAUUAAAACCUGCAGUGCAGCAGUUUUAGAUACUCAUUAGUGACUUCAAAGGGAAAUCAAGGAAAGACCAGUUUCCAUUUAUGCGAAAUCUGUGGUUGUAAAUUUUUUUUUUUUACUUGAAAUUAAAUUUGGCUCUAAAGUUGGUGAUCAGACUGAACAACAGUUUUUAGUCUCUGGAAAAAGACUGAUUUUGCUUUUUUUUAUAAAUAUUGUUAGAUAUAUUAAUUUUUCUGUGCUCAUUGUGUAAAUUGUAUCAUAAUUCAUUGUGGUUUAUUUCACUUUUAAUUUGGUGGUGUUUUAAUAAAUGGGGGUGUUACUGAAUCUCUCUUCCCACUUCCAUUUCUUUUCCCUACCCCUAAUCCUCAACUAUGACGGUAGUGUUGUUAUCAUUUAUACCAAAGUUCUUCAUAGUCCCUCUUGACUUUGUGAUGUGAACAAAGUCCUAAAGCACUAGGCAAGAUGAAGAUAGAAAUUUGCUUUUAAUCUUUUUGCCUUUUAUUUUGCACAUUAUGCAAAAGGAAGUAUAUUAGAGAACACUUUUUUUUAAGUGAGCGCAAACAUGAUAAAAGACAUACAGUGCUUUUAUGCACGUUCUUUAA